AUGACUGCAGCUUACACGGUUGCCUCCGAGGAUGUUCUCGUCUUCGAGGCACAAAACAUGGGCGCAGUCUCCGUCAUUACUCCUGUUGCCGAUCAUGUGCUGUUGGCCGUGACGGGGCCCGAACCGAAGCACAAACAGGCGCCGCCAAAUGGUCUUGAAUCAUCCCAAGGGCACGAGCAGAUGGUCAAUGGAGCGGAAGAUCAUUCAGAAGACGAGGAAGGAGAAGAGAAUGACAACCAGGACGAGGAGGAUGGAGACACCCAAAAGAUUCGGGACGACCUUGAGGCUGUAAGCCAAGAGCUGGCCAGCAUGCUAAGGGAAGAGUUGGCUGUAAUGAAAUGGCCAGACGAUAUAUGA